GGUAUUACAGCGCAGAAUGCUAAUAAACCCGCCGAUGUGGCAUAGGGGAGGUGCGAGGAGCUAUCAUCAUCCUCGUUCACCUCCCACAACGGAAUCGCCUAUACUCCAUCGACGUCGAGGAUCUAUAGCGGGCAGGAUGGCUGCGAGGACUUCAUUGGUGGCUCUGAGAGGAGCAGCUCGAUCAGCUGGAGCUGCUAGACGGAUCGGAUCUGCUUCGACUGUGAUGCGAACGUUUGCAUCGAGCACCUCUAGACCAGGUAAGUCUGGCUCUCUCUCUACCUGAUGAGCCAUUCGUACUUGCUCAUACGAUGGGUGGAUCAUUCUCUAUAGCUGCCGAACCAUCCAAAGCACCUUUUGUCGAACCUACUGGUAUCAACCCCGCCGACAAGACAGCCGAUCUGAGUGAUCCUCUGCACCGAUACGGUCAAUACCUCACAACCUGUCUACCUAAAUACAUUCAACAAUUCUCAGUCUACAAGGACGAAUUGACCAUCUACAUUCCACCCUCGGCUGUCGUCCCUGUCUUGACAUUCUUGAGAGAUCACAGUCAAUGUCAAUAUAAGGCCGUCAUGGAUAUCACCGCUGUCGAUUAUCCCACCCGUGAAAUGCGAUUCGAGAUCGUCUACAACCUCUUAUCGGUCGCACAUCAGUCUCGCAUUCGAGUCAAGACGUACGCCGAUGAGAUCACACCUGUGCCUACCGCUGUCGGCGUGUUCAAUGGUGCAAACUGGUACGAACGAGAAGUCUGGGACAUGUAUGGUGUCUUCUUUGAUGGGCACCCGGAUCUUCGACGGAUCUUGACAGACUAUGGUUUCGAAGGUCACCCGUUGAGAAAAGACUUCCCACUCACUGGAUACUCUGAGGUCCGGUACGAUGAGGAGAAGAAACGAGUCGUCUAUGAACCUCUGCAGCUCACCCAGGCAUUCCGAAACUUCCAAGACGCCGCGUCACCAUGGGAGCAGGUCGGAGCUGGAGAUGCAAAAGCUCAUCCCGAGAACUUCAAGCUUCCUCCUCCGCCCCCACCAGAGGAUGCGAAGGAUCAGAAGAAGUAAGCGAGAAACGGUAUUGUAUGCAAUAUGUGGAUUUGGAAUGGACUGAACGGCCACGGAGAUGGCUUGAAUCAUCCUGCCAUCCUUUGACUGACUACGAUACUGAUCCUUUGAAUCAUCCCCUUGCCUUCAUCCAGCACCGAGAGGGGCGCCCAACAGUGUCGAUGUCAGCC